AGAGUGACGGCUGGGGUUCGACCCGCCUCCCUAUCUUGUUGCCAAUCCAAGAGGCGUUGCCCGGGCGACGACCCCACCUCUUCCGGUGUGGACUGGCAACUUCCGGCAGGGGGCCCGGCGGCGGGAGGCGGUCCGGCUGCGGCGGGGUCUGGACGCCGGUGGUGGUGGGGGGGCGCCCAAGAUGGCGGCGAGCGGCACUGAGGGUAGCUCAGGCCCCGGCGCCGUCAUGGGGGAUUGUGCGGAGAUCAAGUCGCAGUUCCGAACCCGUGAGGGCUUCUACAAACUGCUCCCGGGCGACGGCGCCGCUCGCAGGUCGGGUCCGGCUUCCGUCCAGACCCCAGCGCCGCCCCAGCCGCCGCAGCCCCCACCCGGCCCUGCCUCAGGCUCCGGCCCUGGCGCCACGGGCUCCGCCCCGUCCCCUCCGCCCUCAGGCCCCGGGCCCGGGCCCGCGUUGCCUGCCGUGCGCCUCAGCCUCGUGCGCCUCGGGGAGCCAGGGGUCGGGGAGCCGCCGGCCACGCCGGCCGGGCUGGGCGCUGGGGGAGACCGUGUCUGCUUCAAUUUGGGCCGCGAGCUCUAUUUCUACCCGGGCUGCUGUCGCCGCGGGAGCCAACGGUCCAUUGACCUCAACAAGCCAAUUGACAAGCGGAUCUAUAAGGGCACUCAGCCCACCUGCCACGACUUCAACCAGUUCACUGCUGCCACAGAGACCAUCUCCCUGCUGGUGGGAUUCUCAGCCGGUCAGGUGCAGUACCUGGAUCUCAUCAAGAAAGACACCAGCAAGCUCUUCAACGAGGAGCGGCUGAUCGACAAGACCAAGGUGACAUAUCUGAAGUGGCUGCCCGAGUCAGAGAGCCUCUUCCUGGCGUCGCACGCCAGCGGCCACCUGUACCUGUACAACGUCAGCCACCCCUGCGCCUCGGCCCCGCCGCAGUACAGCCUGCUGAAGCAGGGCGAGGGCUUCGCCGUCUACGCCGCCAAGAGCAAGGCGCCGCGCAACCCCCUGGCCAAGUGGGCGGUGGGCGAGGGGCCCCUCAACGAGUUUGCCUUCUCGCCCGACGGCCGGCACCUGGCCUGCGUCAGCCAGGACGGCUGCCUGCGCGUCUUUCACUUCGACUCCAUGCUCCUGCGUGGGCUCAUGAAGAGCUACUUUGGGGGCCUGCUCUGUGUGUGCUGGAGCCCCGACGGGCGCUACGUCGUGACAGGUGGUGAAGACGACCUGGUCACCGUGUGGUCCUUCACCGAGGGCCGCGUGGUGGCGCGAGGCCACGGCCACAAGUCCUGGGUCAACGCGGUGGCCUUCGACCCCUAUACCACGCGGGCCGAGGAGGCCACGGCGGCCGGGGGCGACGGGGAACGGAGCGGCGAGGAGGAGGAGGAGCCCGAGGCCGCCGGCCCGGGCGGGGGCGCCCCCUUGUCCCCGCUGCCCAAGGCGGGCUCCAUCACCUACCGCUUCGGCUCGGCCGGCCAGGACACGCAGUUCUGCCUGUGGGACCUCACCGAAGACGUGCUCUACCCCCACCCUCCCCUGGCGCGCACCCGCACCCUCCCCGGCACGCCUGGCACCACACCACCUGCCGCCAGCGGCUCGCGGGCUGGCGAGCCGGGCCCCGGCCCCCUGCCCCGCUCGCUGUCCCGGUCCAACAGCCUCCCACACCCGGCGGGCAGCGGCAAGGCGGGCGGCCCAGGCACGGCGGCCGAGCCGGGCACGCCCUUCAGCAUCGGCCGCUUUGCCACGCUCACGCUGCAGGAGCGGCGGGACCGCGGGGCGGAGAAAGAGCACAAGCGCUACCACAGCCUGGGCAACAUCAGCCGGGGCGGCGGCGGCGGGGGCGGCGGGGACAAGCCCAGCGGCCCCGCCCCCCGCAGCCGGCUGGACCCGGCCAAGGUGCUGGGCACGGCGCUGUGCCCUCGCAUCCACGAGGUGCCGCUGCUCGAGCCGCUGGUGUGCAAGAAGAUCGCCCAGGAGCGGCUCACGGUCCUCCUCUUCCUGGAGGACUGCAUCAUCACCGCCUGCCAGGAGGGCCUCAUCUGCACCUGGGCCCGGCCGGGCAAGGCGUUCACAGACGAGGAGACGGAGGCCCAGACAGGGGAAGGAAGUUGGCCCAGGUCACCCAGCAAGUCAGUGGUAGAGGGCAUCUCUUCCCAACCAGGCAACUCCCCCAGCGGCACAGUGGUGUGAAGCCGUGGAUGUCGGGGAGGCGCUUACCCCACGCCCCCAGCCUCCUAGCUGUAACCCUCCCCGCUGACCUCAUGGAUCAACGUGUUAACAAGACUAACCAUGACGGAUGGACUGCUCCAGUCCCCCACUCUGCACAAAUAUGGGGGGCAAAGGGUCCCUCAGCCUGGCCCAGACACUGGGGGGAAUGUAGUGACCCAUGUGGCCUCAGCCUUGUCCCCACCCACUGCCAAGUACAAUGACCCCUUCCUCUGAAACAUCAGUGUUAGCCUCAUCCCUGUCCCCAGCAUGUGACUGGUCACUCCUGGGAGAGAAGCUCCCCAUCCACGAGAGCCCCAGCUCUGCAGUGUGCCCCUCGGUCUGUGGGCAGGGCAGGGGGUGGCCUACUCCUCCCCUGGUCCCCGCCCCUGCUGUUGUUUGUGCUUUUGAAGAGUGUUAAAUUAUGGAAGCCCCUUGGGGGCACCCCCUCCCCCAGAACCUCUUAUUUAUACUAAAGUUCCCUGUUUUCACAGC